UCGUAUGGUAUACUUUGUCCGUGAUAUUCUGUUGAUAUCAUCAGUCAUUUGAUUGGUCUUUCAUUCCGACGUUUUACUAAACAUGGCGGCCGCCGUAGGCAGGAUUUGUGGGGCACGACUUUUGAAAAGUUAUGGUGUAGUCGGACCCCAGGUUGCACAGCUGUCCACCCAGUCCCAGGGCUGGUCUAGAAACAGAAAAUGGAUCCUGUCCACACUAGGAGUGAUGGGUGGUGGAGUGGGCGCGCUGUUAUUUGCCCUUGAGCAAUCAGUGCAGGCGUCGGGCUCCGAGGCGCACCCUCCUCACCAGCCAUGGAACCACUUCGGCUGGUACCAGUCCUUCGACCAUGCCAGUGUCCGCCGCGGCUACGAGGUGUACAAGCAGGUGUGCAAGGCGUGCCACUCGCUGCAGUACAUCGCGUUCCGCAACCUCGUGGGCGUGUCGCACACCGAGGACGAGGCCAAGGCCGAGGCCGCCGAGGUGAUGGUCAAGGACGGCCCCGAUGAGGAGGGCAACUUCUUCGAGCGGCCCGGCAAGCUCAGCGACUACCUGCCCUCGCCCUACCCCAACGAAAACGCGGCCCGCGCUGCCAACAACGGUGCCUACCCACCGGACCUGUCCUACAUCGUCUCGGGUCGCAAGGGCGGCGAGGACUACAUCUUCGCGCUGCUCACGGGCUACGUGGACGCGCCGGCGGGCGUGGUGCUGCGCGAGGGGCAGAACUACAACCCGUACUUCCCCGGCGGUGCUAUCUCGAUGGCGCAAGUGCUGUACAAUGAGGCGGCCGAGUUCAGCGACGGCACGCCGGCCACCGCGUCGCAGAUGGCCAAGGACGUGGCCACGUUCCUGCGCUGGUGCUCCGAGCCCGAGCUGGACGAGCGACGCCUCAUGACCAUCAAGGCCAUCGGCAUCUUCUCCAUGCUCGCCGCUGUCGUAUACUACAUGAAGCGACACAAGUGGUCUACCAUGAAGUCCAGAAAGCUAGCCUUCAAGCCGGUAUCCAAGAAGUAAUAGACAAGAUAGACAAUUUCAAAUAGGCGCAGUUAUUAAUUUGUUUAUAAUUAAAUUAAUUUAUUGUAUGUAACUCAUCUUUUCCCGGAAUCAUGUUUGACGCUUGUCAAUUGUUACCUAAGCUGGCUGUUGAGGUGGUGUAUAAUUUUGAUAUAGUAUUGUUACGGUCGAUUCCAGCAUUUUAUCGUCUAGUUAAUACGUACUGCGGGCGCACAGAAUUUAACGAUGUUAGUUUAUUUUGUCUGUGCUUGUGACGUUCGUUCCAGAUAACUGUGAAUCAGUGUACAGUUGAAUAAAUGAGUUAUUCAAAAACAUUA